UCCCUCCAGUGUUAGGCAAGAGCGCAGUUUAUUUGGGGUGCUGAAGGGGUCGGUGUCGGCACGGGUACUUCAGCUAUGUACCCAAGAAAGGCAACCUUGCCUCAGAAUACAGAACGUACCCGUCGACGACUCGACGAGUUCUUUCUGCGCUGUUUUGAUCGGAACUGCCACUGUAUGAGAUGCACACGACUGCGUUAUAUAAGAAACGAGUGACAAAUAUUUCUCUACAGUAUGCACGAUAUCGCUCGUAAUCAGGCAAACGGGAUCUCUCAGAUGAACCGGUUUCGGUUUGGGUUUGAGCAAUAUGGAUUCAUCUGUCGUUCUUGGUACCGGAUGUAUCAAACCACAUAGAAGCUAUACAAAGAUCUACACCAGAACUGGGGAUAAAGGAACCUCUGCCACAUUUACUGGUGAACGACGGGCAAAGGAUAGUGACAUAUUCAUUGCUCUGGGAACGACAGAUGAACUGUCUUCAUCCAUAGGAUUAGCAAGUGAAUACUGUGAAGAGGCUGGUCACAGUGUCAUUGAUAAGCUUCAAGAGAUCCAGUGUAUGCUGCAAGAUGUGGGAUCCUGCAUCGCUACGCCGACUGGUUCCGCCAGGGAAGCUCACAGAAAGAGGACAGAGUUCAGCAAGGAGUACGUGCAGCAGCUGGAGGCCUGGAUUGAUGCCCUGUCAGCAGAGUUACCUCCCCUUCAGAACUUCAUCUUGCCUUCUGGUGGGAAGACAUCUGCCUCACUGCAUGUUGCACGUUCAAUCUGCCGGAGAGCUGAACGAAGUGUGACCCCUAUGGCGAGAGACGGGGAAAUUGACGAAGAAGCACUGAAGUUCCUUAACAGGCUGAGUGACUUCCUGUUUACCGCGGCACGGUACACCUGCAUGAAGGAGGGGAAGACCGAGAAAAUCUACAGGAGGCCGGACUUCAACAGGAAAGAGGAAGGCCCUUGACGGAGGAGAAGAUUGAAUAGAUCUGUAGGGAUGUGGUGAAGACCAAAGUCGUUGGCUGAAUGUCAGUGCGACCUCACAACAGAUUGGUACUGGUCACUGUGACCUCUCAACUGAUGGGUACAGAUGGGUACUGUGAUCUCUCUCAGUCAGUGUGUGUGGUUUGUAAGAAACUGCUUGACAAAGAAGUGAUGCAUUGAAACUUAUUUACAGGAGUAUGAUCUUUCAAUGCCUGAAGUGAUUUGUGAAGUGCCUCCAGUUAUGUCUGCAAGUGUUUUGUGUCGAAAUAUUUAAACUUACUAUGAUCUAGGGCCAGUUACUUUCAUAAGAAUGUUAUAAGUUAUACAACAAUGGUACAAAUGAUAUAAUAUUGUUCUGACACGAAGGUCAAUAUUACUUUUGAGUGUAUAACAGUGGUAAGAAAUAUGAAGACAAAUCUAUUUCAGGGCUCUUCUUUCCUGGUAUCUCUACAAUGUCAAAGUUGUUGUCAUGUGGAUAGUUUCUGUGGUAGCUAUAUAUGGUAGUAUAGAAAAAUUGAAAGAUUAUACAGGAUUAUGUUAAAAGACAGAUUUAAUGCUUCUCAAAAUAGAAAUAUUUAUAACAUUUUAGAUGUUAAUAGUUUCACACUUGACAUACUGUGUCGCAUUAUGUGUUAUGUAUGGAUAUGUACUUAGCACCACCUAUACCUACACACAGAUUCAUGGAGAAGAUGUUGGCCUUCACGACUCAUUGACUUAAUGUAUGUUAAAGAUUGGUGGAAUUUGUACAAAUUAAUAUAACAUAUUUUGUAAUCUGAUCAGUCUGAAUAUAAUAGAUCUGUCAUGUCUAUUAAACCUUUUAUAAAAUAUUCUGAAUUCUGUAAUAAUUGCAUUCAUGAAUAUUUUACUGUUUACACAAUCAACUAUGUGACAGAUAAAGGGGUUUUCAAGAUUAAUUGGUUUUCAUAAUC